CAAGGAAGGUUUCCUGAACGCUGCGGCCCAGCCUUUUCAUACAUAAUAUCCGAAAACGUAUAGAAAAGCUCGGUCUAGACGGUGCAGGAUUUCAGACAAGAUCCACACCGUGAAGGGUGAAAGGGGACCGUAUCCAUGCAAAAGCGAUUUCCGAAUUUAAAAAGAAAACUGGAUCCCAUAAGUCGGUUUAUUUUCGAGGUAAGAUAUCGUUGGUUUUCCAAAUGGCAUGGACUGCACCGGGUCCAAAGCUGUCGAGAGCUGAGCUGGGCCGGGCUACUUGGAAGUUAAUCCACACUAUGGCGGCAAGGUAUCCCCUCAAACCAACGCAGGAUGAGCGUGCAUCAAUUAAGCAGUGGAUCUAUCUGCUCUCGCGGCUAUAUCCAUGUGGCGAAUGUGCGGAGCAUUUCCAGCAACUAUUGAAAGAACACCCGCCCCAGACGUCCUCGCGUGCUUCGUUGUCCAAUUGGGCCUGUGCGGCCCACAAUAUCGUCAAUGAAAGAUUAGGAAAACCCGAGUUCGAUUGCGGCACCCUAGAAGAUGUUUACAAGUGCGGUUGUGCUGACGAGCCCCAGGACGGCAUGGAAAGUGUAGGCGACAAGAAGGCGACAAAGAUCGAUCCGUGAUAAGUGCGCUCUAAUAAACGCAGUCAGAGUUUAAUGAAACUAAUUGGUGCCUGAGACGCGUCUUUUGAGAAACCAAACAACAUGAUUUGACAACCUAUCCACACUCUUGAGUCUU